UCUGAGAGACAGACAGAGAGAAGGAGAGAAACCUUUGCUUUGCCCUCUCACUCUUCCUUUCUGAGGUUUUGCCUUGACGUAUCUGUACAGUGCAAGUUUUCUGGACUGACAGAGCAUACUUCGAUGCGAGACUUUGCAAGGAACGGAUACAUGAGUGAGCUGGAUUUCCCUUUAAUCCUCUUUCUUAUUUUCUUUGAAACCUGCAAAAAUAAAAUUGAAAAGGGGGAUGCUAGAAGGAGCCCGGAAUGCCUUAUGUGGAUCGUCAGAACCGGAUUUGUGGGUUCCUGGACAUUGAGGACAAUGAGACCAGUGGCAAGUUCCUGCGGAGAUAUUUCAUCCUGGACACCCAGGCCAACAGCCUUCUGUGGUACAUGGACAAUCCGCAGAACUUGGCUGCAGGGGCAAAAGCAGUUGGAUCAUUGCAGCUGACCUACAUCUCUAAGGUCAGUGUGGCUCCACCGAAACAAAAGCCCAAGACCCCAUUCUGUUUUGUUAUCAAUGCGCUGUCUCGCCGCUAUGUCUUGCAAGCCAAUGACCAAAAGGAUCUGCAGGACUGGGUGGAAGCACUGAACCGGGCCAGCAAGAUCACGGUACCGAAAGGUGGAAGUUUACCCCUAACCACAGAUGUUGGAAAGCGCCCCUACAAAACUGAGAUCAUUGGCGGGGUGGUUGUACAGACGCCCAUCUCAGUCAACCAGAAUGGAGGGGAUGGCUCAGAAGGCAAUGAGCCAGCAGUUCAUCCUCUUCUGAGACGGUCCCAGAGUUACAUCCCAAGUACCAAAACCCCCAUUGGACCUCCAGUCCUCAAGAGCGGCUACUGUGUAAAGCAGGGGAAUGUGAGAAAGAGCUGGAAACGCCGCUAUUUUACCCUGGAUGAUUUUUCCAUCAGUUACUUCAAGUGUGACCAGGAUAAAGAGCCUUUGCGAACGAUCCUUCUCAAGGAUGUGCUGAAAGUACACGAAUGCCUUGUCAAAUCCGGUGACCUCCUAAUGCGGGACAAUCUCUUUGAAGUCACCACAAGCUAUAGGACUUUCUAUAUCCAGGCCUAUAGCCCUGAGGACAUGCAUAGCUGGAUCAAAGAAAUCACGGGGGCGGUGCAGGCGCUCAAGUGCUGCUCCAGGGAAAUGUCCUUGGUGAGGUCCAUGUCUGUAAACAAACGUGGUAGCCCUUCUUCGCCCAGCUCAACCAUCCCAUCCAUUGCGCGGCUGAAGCAGCUAGGAGAGGAGUCAAAGGCCCCUGGCAAGAGCCCUUCCACCUCCUGCUGGCUGCCAUGGAUGCCAGUGCCACAGUCAGAAGGGAAUCUUCCACCGGCGGCGGCACCAAAGGCCAGUCAGCUGAAAGACUCUGAGUUUGCGCCUCUGUUUUCCGAGCAAGCUGGCCGCACUUUACAAAGCAGACGUCUGCGGCACAGUUCGGAACCCCAGAACUUUAAAGACCACCCCUUUCCUUUUGACCUGGAUGACGCAAACAUCCGAACCUCGGACGUGUAACUCUGCAGAGCAUGGUGGGGCUUGCAGGUGGCACUGGAGAUAACUGUGAUCCAAGCACAGGCCAUGCCAGGUGAAUGUCUGCCAGCUUGCACCUGCUCAGGAAACCAGGAGGAACCACUAUAGUACUGUGAACUUGAGACUAGGGGAGGUCAUGAAAUGGGAUCUCAAACUCCAUAUUUUUCUUUACACCAAGCAUCAAUGAACCAGCAGCGCCCAGUUUAGUACUCUUGCUGGUCUACUGGGCUUACAAAUGGUGCCACCUGUCCUUGCUUCUCUGUUAGCUUGAAGAAAGUUGACCACAGUCCUUCCCUUCAUCAGAUGGAGGUCUUAUUGUCCAAGCGAUGACCUGGUCUCUUCUCAGUGCAGUGUGCUUUGCUUUACUGGGGGAUUCCUCCAUCUAAAGUGAAAGGGGAGUCAUGCUGCCAAAUUAGUUUAGAAAUGCUAGAAGAAGUAUUGCUUUUGUGUGUGUGUCCCUCUCUCUGUCCCAUCACCAUGAAAAGGCUCACUCACUGAAGUCAUCUAGAGAUUGACUGCAAUAUGAUUAGUUGCACCCAUCUUCUGUAGUGGCGACACUGGCAGUCUAGCAUGAAUGCUUCACCUGUGGAGGAGCUGAGAUUUCUCUUGUGUUAAAGGGUUAGACCUUUAAGGUACUUCUGACACUGUGACUUAGUAGCAAAAAUGUGGAACUACUCACUUCUCCUAUCAAUUUACCUCUGUAGCUCUUUCAGCAAACACUGCACUGCCUUUUUGCAAGUGAGAGUCUUCUCAGUAUGGGAGAGAUGGGAUGCAAAUUGCUUCUGGGCAUCCUUCUGAUGUAGCAAAGAAUUGGAACAUGGCGGAACGGCCAGAGACUGGUUGCUACUGGAGGGAAAUCAUCCGUAGCAUUUAUUUUGGCAAAAAACAGCCUUCUCCCACCUAGUGCCUUGCAGGUGUGUUGGAUUACAACUCCCAUAAUGACAUGCUGUAUGAAGAUGAUGGAAAUCAUAACCCAACACAUCCAUGGGAGGGUUAGAGAUGUCUGGCACAAGUUUGGGGAAAGGAGUAAACUGAAGGAGGGAAUGGGGCCUUUGCAAGAUGACAACCUUCAGGAUUCUUAAACUCUUGCAGACUCAGGACCAUAGCUUCCUUGACUGAGUCUAUCCACCUGCAAUGCAGUCCUCCUCUUUUCUUACUGUCUUCUGUCUUACCAAGCAAUAUUAUUUUUUCCAGUAUGUCUUCUCAUGAUGUGUCUAAAGUAAGACAGUCUCAGUUUAGCCAUUUUGGCUUCUAGGGGGAUUUCUUGCUUGAUUUGCUCUAGAACCCAUUUAUUGGUCUUUUUUUUUAUAGUCCACAGCAUCUGAGAACUCUUCUCCAGCUUCACAUUUCAAAUGAGUUGAAUGUCCUCCAACCAUCUUUCUUCCCAGCUGUGUCCACCUUUCACAGCCAUACUCAGAGACUGGGAAUAAGGUGCCAUGGGCAAUUCAAACUUCAGUGUUCAGUGAGGAUCUUGUCUCGUUCUUUCGUUGCUGCCCUACCAAGUCCUCAUCUUCUGGUUUUCAUUUCCAGAGUAAAACACACUGUGAUUAUCUGACUCAAAAUCUCCCAUUCCUGUCCACUUUAGCUCACUCGCCCCAAGCAUUGCAUUGUUUGUAUGUUCCAUUUCUUGUUUUAGUAUUCAUGCUUCCCACAUUCCAUGCUCCUAUGUGUUGCAUAGGAACACACCUUUCACCUCUGAGCACAUCAACAGCUGGAUAUCUUUUCAGCUAGAGCCACAAUGCUUCUCAUAGUUGUCCUCUGCUGUACCCCAGUAGCUCACUGAGCGUCAACCAAUCUGGAAGUUUCUUCUUCUGGCACAAUAUCUUGUUUCGUUUUGGAUUGUCUCAUGAUAAGGUUUUUAUGGGAAAAGAUAUUCAAGAGGGUCUUACCGUGUCUUCUACGCCAGUGGUUCUCAACCUUCCUAAUGCCAUGAUCCUUUAAUACAGUUCCUCAUGUUGUAGUGACCCCCCAACCAUAAAAUCAUGGUGUCUCGGUUCCUAAGACCAUUGGAAAGGUAUGUUUUCUGAUGGUCUUAGGCGACCCUGUGAAAGGAUCAUUCGACCCCCAAAGGAGCCAUGACCUACAGGUUCAGAACUGCUGGUCUAUGUAGUACUAACAAGUGUUAGCUAUGGUGCCACUGCUGUUGUCUCAUAGAUCUUCCGCCGGUGUCACCUUCCACUACUGAUGCUGCCCAGUAGCUGUUUGGCACAUUGAGUCUGAAUCUUCGGUAAAAUCCUGCCUGACAUGGGAGACCUUACAUGCAACACUGCUGCUGUCAGCAUAGCCUCUUGCCUCACAGAAGCAUGCAAUCCCAUUGCCAUGAAUACAACUGGGGAUUGGUGUCCCAGUUUGGACUGUGUGGAUCUAGAUGUCGGGAUCAAACCACAAUGUUGAAUACUUUGUUCAGCUAUGCAAGAACUACUGUCUCAUAAACUCUGUGAAUGUCUGUGGUAAGAAUACACUCAGGUACUCACCCUU